AUGGCUCCCCGGAAGAAGGCAGCGAAAGCUGCUGCAGCAGCGACUACGCGUGCACCGCCUGAUCCCGUUGUCGACGACAAACCUGCAGACGAAGACAUCUCUCGAUACCCGGAGGUUCAGCAAGACGAGUUUCUUGCCACGCAAGCAAUCUAUCCUGACGACUUCGUUCGCGUUCAUGGUCGGACGGAGGCAUGGAAGAACUAUGAGAAUCUUGCUUUCCAGGUCCGGCUUCAAGCUUCUGAUAAUCCAGAAUAUUUUGUGAAGCUCGAGAUCGAGUUUCCGAAAGAUUACCCCAAGGUCGCUCUGAAGGCGAAGAUCAUUGCUCAGCAGACCGACCUAGACAAUUCGCGCACGCAACUCGAAGCUUUAAUCAAGGACGUUACAAAGUCUCACCUUGGGUCUGAGUGCGUGUACGAUAUCACCGCUGCCGUAGAAGAACUCCUAAGUCGCGCUGCCCUUUCAAAAGCGCAAAAGGUCAAUCCAUUCAGCCUUGAGGAAGAGCGUGCAGAACGAGAGGCCGCGGCUAAACUCAGUGUUGAGCAGCAAGAGGCUCAAAAGCUUCAGCAACAAGAGGCCGCGCGCCAGCAACUGCUCUCGAAGGUCGAUUCCGAGCGGAAACAGCAAGAAGCCAACGUCAAACCUGGUGCUACCAGAACCCGUACCGAAAUGCCUGUUCCAUCAUUCCCCUUCCCCCGCGGGGCAAUCUACAAGAUUCCCCAUUCGUCGCAGAUUAUCGUCAUCACAAACGUCGAGGGACAGACUGUCAUGACGCGUCGAAUAGACAAGAUCAUUAGACUUGUCAGCCCCAGCUUCGAAGAUGAAUCAGACAAGGAGAUGGACCUGCCUCCCUUCCAACUCAAAGAGAUCAUCAUUCAGAAGGAGUUACUCCCGAGCUCGGAAAUGACAACAGCCAUGCACGACAUCGAGCAAAUGCUAGUCAAGUCCUUCUACAAACUCUGGAUACUCACCGAAUAUGCUACCCAAGGGUCUCUAGAGAGUCUACUGUACCUGACACAGAGUCUGCAGGAAGAGAGAGUUCGCGAAUUUACGCGACAGAUCUUGAGUGCGCUUGGAUUCUACCAAAACCAAGGUCACAUCCACCCUGCUCUGCACAUCGGCAACGUCCUCUUGUUCAGACUACAAGACGAGUCCGACCCAACUAUCAAGCUUUCAGAUGGUUAUGGAACAGCUUUGCGAAAACUUGUUGACGAUGCGCGCGCCGAAUCAGUCAAGCCAGAUCUGCCGCCUCUCUGGAUAGCGCCCGAGCUACGCAAGAAGACUGGACAGCAGGUACAAGAAACAGCGCUAUGGAACCUCGGCAUUAUCGUGCUGCAAAUGCAUCAGGGCACCUCCGUGGUACAGAAAUACACCUCGCCAGGAGAUUGUCUGCGAAAAAUAAAUUUCAGUCGCGAUUUCAGCGAUUUCCUCGCCGUACUCUUUCAGGAAAACCCCCGACAUCGCACGACGCCGGAGCAGCUGACGGCACAUGCAUUCCUCUUCAAUAAAGGCCCACUGAUGGCUUCCUCUGCAAUAUCUACCGCCUUCAGACCUGCCGUUCGAAAGUCAGAGCGCAGACAGUACAGUCGCUGGGCCGAAGAGUGGGAACCGCUUGGUGUGCUCGGCUCGGGCUCAUUCGGUAAGGUGUACAAAGCACGCAAGGUUGCCGACCAGACCAAUUACGCAGUGAAGCUUCUCAUGGUGAGCGAAAAAGCGCCGCUCGAUCGUACAGAUUUCAACCUUGAGGUCAUGAAGCUAGCUCUCCUCCAGCACCCUGGGGUUUGCCGAUACUAUGACGCUUGGACCGAAGAGGUCGAGGAUACAGACGAAGAUGUCACGUCUGACGAUGGCAAUGACGACAACUAUAGAGUACCGCCUUCGUUGACGGGCAGAAACCACGAGGCCGUAGAUCAACUGCUAUACGAGUCGAUGAUGGCGAACCAGGACGUAUCGAUCGUGCAGCCAGCGCCGAGGAGACUAAUGUCAAUGUCAGUAUAUGAUCCACCGGGGUUUGGACGCAACGGCUUUGAGCCCUUCGAACGCGAUCCGGAACAAGAGCUGUCAGAACAGAUUGCUGACGAGGAACUUAGCCAAUCACGGCCUGUCCAACAAGAUCUAGACCAAGAGUCGUCAGAUAGUAGCGACGACGACGAGUCAAGCCCACCACACUUCGACAACGACGACGACUAUGAUAAUGCAUACAACAAUGCCAACGGGGAAAUCGAUCCCCAAGAUCUCCUAGGGGUUGAGUUCUCCGACAAGAAUCAGCUCGUUGGUGGAGAGGUCGAAUUUGGAAACAGCACAAAUAAUGUGAGCAAGGUCGAUAACCAGCAGAGUCCGCCGCCAUCGUCUGAUCACAACAAAAUCCCUCGCCGCCGCCCAAGUAGGAUCACCAAGGGAAACUUCUUCAUUCAGAUGGAGCUUUGCGACAAUGAAACCCUGAAGAAUGUGAUCACAGCUAAGAAACUGUACGAAGAUCCUGACAAAUCCUGGCGGCUGAUGAGAAACAUGCUCGAGGCACUCAAAUACAUUCAUCAGAGUGGCAUCACUCACCGCGAUCUCAAGCCUUCCAACAUCUUUAUCGACAUGAAUGGAAAUCCCAAGAUAGGAGAUUUCGGCCUUGCUACUACUGCCAUGUCAAGCGAAGCUCAUGGAUUCCAGGCAGGAACUGAACUGUACAUGGCGCCUGAGUCGCUGCUCAACGCACCGAUCAAAGAGCUGCAGAAGACUGACAUGUAUAGUAUGGGCCUCAUUUUCUUCGAAAUGAACUCAGACUUUGCGACCGAGAGUCAACGCCUGGCGGAGCUCGUGGCCCUUCGGGACAAUCCGAGCGCUGUGCUUAGCAAAUGGACAGAAAUUGGGCGUGAGAAACAAAAGGCAGUCGUACUCUCCCUUCUCAAUGGCGAUCAAACAAAGCGACCCACGGCUGCAGAGCUACUCGAGAGCGGCGACAUUCCGGAACCUCUGGAGCAGGAAAAGCUCGAUCGGCGACUCGAAUAUUUGGCCAACAACGAACCAGACAAAGUCGGUGCAAUGCUCAAAGUUGUGGACAAUUCGGACGUGCGUGAUCUUGCAUGGGACUCCACUGAAACCGGAAGCGACUCUUCGUUGCCAAUUGUGCUCGAUGAUAUACGAUCUCGCCUCCGUGGGAUCUUCCGGAAGCAUGGUGCUGUGGGAUCCACCCGACAACCACUUGUACCCAAGGCUCCGAACACUGCCGCAGACGCGGUGCUGGUCUUCAACUCGUCCAUCAUGCGUUUCCAGUUGAUUCAGGACCCAACUACACCAUUCGCUCGCUCGAUUGCGAAGUCAAAGCCGCGUUUCCGCAAGUUCUAUAGCUUCGACUCAUCGUUCCAUCUCCGCAACGCACCAAAGACAGCAGACGCUGAGCAGAUCCAGUCAAUCAACUCCGAACCCAAACAGACCCUAGAGGCAAACUUUGACCUCGUCUCAUACAAGGACACAGAUCUCGCACUCAAAGAGGCCUCCACGAUCUACCUCAUCAAAGAGAUUAUCGUCGAGUUCCCAGUGCUUGCUAGCGGAGAAUGGGUUCUGUUGCUGAAUCAUAUGGACCUCCUGGAUCUCAUUCUCGAAGAGAGCCACAUUCGAGCCGUCGACCGACCCAAAGUGAAAGACGCGUUGGCAAACAUUCCUCGAUUUACCAUGCCCCAGAAGCAGAAGCGCAACUUACUGAGCACAGCAGACAGAUUCCUGCAGAACAGACUCAAUAUUGAUGCGACUUCUGUUGCGAUUCUGCGCACGUUCGUGUUCGUGGCUGGUGACUCUAAUUCAGUACGUGCGGAACUGCAAAAGCUGUUCGGCAAGAAGGGUUCUAGUUCCUACUCCAAGGCUCUCCGUCUUCUCCGCCGCCUGGACGACAUCAUCGACCACCUGCGUCGCUUCAAUUUCGGCAUCAAGGUGCAGAUCGUGCCGACCUUCAACGUCGCACCUCGCCUGUACAACGGCUCGAUCUGCUUCCAGUGCGUGGAGAAGAAGGACGGCGUGCUGCUGGCCCACGGAGGGCGCUACGAUGGCCUCAUCGAGCACCACGCGCGUGCAAACGCUGCUGGAGACCCUACCACGCGUGCUGUCGGCCUUCGCGUCGGUCUGGAGGGAUUUGCCGCAAUCCUGCAGAGUUUUGCUGCUGCUGGAGGCAAGAACAGCAGCACCAGCAGCAACAGCAACGAUUCCGGCCGCGCCAGCCGCUGCAGCGUGCUGGUCACCAGCUUCGACGCGAAGCUGCUGGCUAGCACCUGCAUCGACGUGGUGCAGAAGAUCUGGGCGGUGGGUGUGGGCGCCGAGCUCACAGAGGAGGUGGAGAGCAUGGACGCUCUCACGGCCAUGCACGAGCAUGAUGGGCCGUACUGGCUCGUCAUUGUUCGCAUGGGCGCUGAGCGUCCCUCUGCUCAAGGUUCGGUCGCCGGGUGGUGGGGAGCGGGAGGGGUGGCGGUGGAGCGGGUGGGGGAGUUCCUGGAGGUGGAGCUGGCGAGGGAGAAGAAGGGGAGGUAG